AGAAUAAAAAAAAUAAAGCUGAAGAAAUCCACUGGUCGGCCCGGCAGCGCUCCCCUCCGAGCUCCCGCGGCGCCGCCUGACGUCAUGGCCACCGGCGUCGCCAAGCUCCAGCUCUCUGCCCAUCCCUUCAACCAUCUCGGCUCCAGAGAUCUCUCCAGGUCCGACCAUAGACUGCGGCUCCGAUCGGAUUCGCACCGGAACCCGGCGACGUUCGACGGUGUAUCGUUCUUGGGGCCUUUGCUGUGCCGCCGGCGCGGGAUUCCGCCGCUUUCCUGCAGAUCUUUUCGGUCGGAGAACGGAGGGGAGUCCUCCUCCGAGCGCGAUGGAAAGGGGAAGGUGGUUCCGGAAGAGAGGGCAUCCCUGUGUUCGAAGCGGGAGGGAGCUCUUUACUCUCUGAAAUCUUUGCUUGUUAGGGUUUCGGGGGGGCGUGCGGGACCCGGAGGGCAGUACAGGAAGGCUGUAGAGAAGGCGGAAGCGAUCUUUUUUUCGUUUGUCACACAGAUUGGAAGAUAUCUUGUUACAAUGAUGAGUACUGGUGUUAUACUUGCAAUUGGGUUUCAGUUAUCAGGGGGAGACAGUCAGAUGAAUACAUUGAUUUGGUAUUGCUGGCUUGGUGGAAUCAUUACGGGAACGAUGAUAGGGGCAAACAUGGUUUUAGAAGAACAUUGCAAAGCUGGACCACGCAAUAUUGUCAUAACUGGAAGCACAAGGGGUUUAGGCAAAGCACUUGCUCGUGAAUUUCUUCUUUCUGGAGAUCGAGUUGUUGUUGCUUCCCGCAGCCCUGAGUCGGUAUAUAAGACUGUGGAAGAAUUGAAAGAAAACCUAAAGGAGGGUAUGUCAAUUGCUAGAAGUAGAGGGAGGACAAAUUUAUCUCAUGCUACGGUUGUUGGAAUUGCUUGUGAUGUCUGCAAGCCUGAAGAUGUCAGGAAGUUGGCAAACUUUGCUGUAGAUGAACUCGGUUCAGUAGACAUCUGGAUAAACAAUGCUGGCACAAACAAAGGUUUUAGGCCAUUGCUACAGUUCACAGAUGAAGAUAUUGUACAGAUUGUCUCCACAAACUUGGUUGGUUCUAUACUCUGCACAAGAGAAGCUAUGCGUGUCAUGGGAUCCCAGGAAAAGGGGGGUCACAUAUUCAACCUGGAUGGGGCAGGUUCUGGUGGAUCAAGCACACCAUUGACAGCUGUCUAUGGCUCAACAAAGUGCGGCCUUAGGCAGCUUCAAUCAUCACUUCUAAAUGAGUGCAAGCGGUCUAAGGUUGGAGUCCACACGGCAUCUCCAGGCAUGGUUCUUACAGAUUUGCUUUUAAGUGGCUCAACUUUGAGAAACAAACAAAUGUUUAACAUAAUCUGCGAGCUUCCAGAAACAGUGGCAAGAACAUUGGUUCCAAGGAUGCGAGUUGUAAAGGGAAGUGGAAAGGCAAUCAAUUACCUGACACCACCUCGUAUCUUGCUGGCAUUGGUCACUGCAUGGCUUCGUCGAGGUCGAUGGUUUGAUGAUCAAGGAAGAGCACUUUAUGCUGCAGAGGCUGAUAGACUUCGCAACUGGGCUCAAAGCCGCACUCGCUUCUCUUUCACGGAUGCCAUGGAGAUGUAUGCAGAGAACACCUGGCUCUCUGUUUUCUCACUCUCAGUUGUCUGCGCCUUCAUAAUAUUGUCCACUUCAAGUGGUACCUUUCCAGGUACAUGAUUCCUAAUGGAGAUGUUGCAACAAGAUUGUUUUGUAUCCCAUGCCUGGUUUUACACAGCAGAAGAAUUGGUAUGAUAUUAUUACACACAGGAGGUCGUCAUUAGUCAAACUAUCUAACCUAUGUAAGUUUAGAAGCAAGCCUUCUGGGCGAGCAACCCUGGAAGACUAUCAUUCAACCCAUAAAAAAGGGGAUUCCACCUCAUUGAAAAAUAUCAGCUGUACCUACAGAGGGAAAAAGGAAGGGGAAAAAAGCUUGGCUGUAAAAACUUUGAAAUAGCAAUGCAAGCUCACAUUUUAACUCUUUA